GACGUUUGACAUUUGAGAAUAUACUGUGCGCGGUUUAUAUUGGUUCAGUGUCGUGUUUUAUUACGAUUUUAUGUGUAUUUUAAUUUUGUUUUACAGUAAAUUAACCAAAUACACAAUGUCUAAAAUAAUUUAAGUUCAAAGUUAACGAAAUCAACUAAAAUCAAGCACAGUUUCAUACAGAAACCGAAGGAAAUAUAUUACGAAAUAAAUACAAAAGUUACGUAUUUUGUGGUGACCAGUGUUAUCAACUAUCAAAUGCAGAUAUAAUCAGAUAAAGUAUUAUCCAAUAAAUUUCGCAUAACAAACGAGGUCAUUAUACUGCGACUGUCUGUGUCUACCUAUGGUUAUAUGAUAAACUCGUAGAAAUACGCAGCGCACAAUAUUAGCAGUCAAUAUCAAAGUACAAAGGUCGGCAAGUAUGUCUACAACGAGUAAAUUACUAAAAACUUUGAUCCUUGGCGCUCCUGCGUCGGGGAAGGGCACCAUAUCAUCUCGAAUAGUAAAGAAGUAUAACGUAGCACACGUAUCGAGUGGUGACAAGUUGAGGGACCACAUUGAAAAACAAACUGAUCUGGGAAAGGAAGUGAAAAAAUACUUAAAUGAAGGAAAACUGGUUCCAGAUGAUGUGAUGAUCAAAUUUAUGAUCACAGAACUGAAGAAAGUUGAAAACCAACCAUGGCUACUGGACGGAUUCCCGAGAACUGUGGCUCAAGCAAAUGCCUUGUGGAAGGUACAACCUGUAGAUGUUGUAGUGAACUUAGUAGUGCCAUUUGAAGUGAUUAUAGAUAGAGUGAAGAACCGCUGGGUGCAUUUAGCAUCAGGACGGGUGUACAAUAUUGGUUUCAAUACGCCUAAAGUUGAAGGCAAGGAUGAUGUGACUGGUGAAGAUUUAAUUCAAAGGCCUGAUGACAAACCUGAGGCUGUGCGCAAGCGUUUGGAAAUUUAUGACAGUAUUACAAGACCAGUCAUAGACUUUUACAAACAGAAAGGUAUACUCAAAGAGUUUGAGGGACGCACUUCUGAUGAAAUAUGGCCUAAAGUGACCGCCUAUUUGGAUCCAAUUUUCAAAAAGUAAGCAUAUCAACACACUUUUAUCAGCUGUAGGCGAAUACAGUCACGGAAACAAUAGAUAAAACUUUGAUAGGAAUUGUACUGGUGCUUCUAACAAUAGAAUUAAGUCACAAAAUAUGGUAAACUAUUUAAUGUAUUUUAUAGAACUUUUAUAACUGUUAAUUAUUUUGCAAAGCAGAGCCAUUUUAUUCCUGUUUUACCUUAUGGUAUAAUUUUAUAUUAUGUACCUACCUUUAUUUUACUAGAUAUAAUCAAAGUUGUAUUUUAAUGCAUUAUAGGUAGUUAUAAUUUUUAUUAAUUUUAAUGUUGAACACAUUUUUUUCCAAAUACCAAGAUUUAGUCCAAAGUUAUGUAGUGUGAGUGCAAUAUAGUGAAAUUGUGUGAUAGACGGUUAAUGUAGCAAAGAGUAUGUAGACAAGGAAAUUGUAUAUCACAUUGGUUACAGCCCUAGUCUUCCCUGUCGAUAUGUACUUAUGUAUUAGUGUAGUACUUAUGAAGUAGCUGCUAGUUAAGUAAUUGACAAAAAUAGUGCCUUAAUUGGGCUCACAGCAAGACACAAA